AUGAACAGAAAGCGAGAAAAAGAGUCAACUAUUUCUCCGUCGAAUUCACAAUCAUCGUCGUCGAGCGAGUCUUCUUCUUCCAAUUCCUUCAGCUAUUGUUCCCUGUUGCGAUACUCCAACAAAGUUGAUAGGUUGCUUCUUGGUCUCGGAAUCUUUCUUUCGAUUUCCCAAGGCUGUUGUAGUUCUCUGAAUGCAAUUCUUUUCAGAGACCUAACAGAUGUUCUAAUCAGUGGACAAGGAUCAUAUACCAACCAAACAUUUGAUCACCAGCAGUUCAAUAAUGAAACAUUGAAUAUUAUCCACACUUACUUUUUGUACGGUACUCUUCUGUUUAGUUUGUCAUUCGUUUCGAUGUGCUGCUGGCAUACAUUCUGUGAACGACAAAUUUUCAAGAUUCGAGUUGCGUAUUUUAGUGCAUUAUUACGUCAGGAUUGGGAAUGGUUCGAUCAAAAUGAUUCUGGAGCAGCUAUAGUUCGAAUGAAUGAUGGUUUGGAAAGAGUUCGAGAUGGAUUAGGAGACAAGCUUGGUGUUAUAAUUGCCUAUUUGACCCAUUUUUUCUGUGGAUUGUCUCUUGCAUUCUACUUAAGUGUUGAAAUGACAAUUGUGACUCUAAUCAUCACUCCUGCAUUCAUUCUUCCAAUCAUCAUAUCUCGCAAGAUGAUCUCAAAGGUGACUUUUAAAGAAUUGGAAGCCUAUGAAUCGGCGGCAACUGCAGCAGGAGAAGUUAUCAGUGGCAUCAAAACAGUUGUGUCUUUUAAUGGAGAACAAAAAGAAAUCAACAGGUACUCAAAAUUUUUAUCAAAAGCAAUGUACUGGGGACUUUGGAGAGCUUCUUUGAGCUCAUUUGAGGGGCUUUUGGGGCAUUCUUCAUGUGUUUUUCAAUGGCAAUUUCAUUCUGGUUGGUGGGGAACCAGAUUGGUUCUAAAAGGAUCAAUAACUCCUGGAACCACACUUGCUGUAUUUUGGGCAGUCAAUGGAGCUAUAUACUUUGUCGGACAAGCUAUUCCACAUUUAACAUCGGUCUCAUCGUGCUACAGUGCAGCCGUACCUGUUUUCCAGAUUAUUGAUAGAACAGUUAUCCUUGAUGGGACAUCUGAUAAAGGACUUAAAUUAUCGAAAGUAAAAGGAAAAGUUAAGUUUGAGAAUGUUUGGUUCAAAUAUCCCGCUCGGCAAAAAGUGAACGUUCUGAAAGGAAUCAGUCUUCAUGCUAAUCCUGGAGAAAACAUUGCAUUGGUUGGUCAUUCUGGAAGUGGAAAAAGUACAACUGCUGCCCUUAUGAUGCAUUUUUAUGAGUUGAAUGGGGGAAAAAUAUCGAUUGAUGAUACAAACAUUGAUGAAUUGAAUUUGUCACAUUUGAGGAACAUUGUAGGAAUCGUCAGUCAGGAACCAUUGUUGUUUGCGGAUACUGUUGAGAACAAUAUGAGGUUGGGAGCUCCAGAUUUAGAUGACAAUGAGAUGGAAUACUACUGCAAACUGGCUAAUGCGCACGAUUUCAUCGAGCAGUUGCCGAAUGGAUACAAAACAGCUAUUGGAAAUGGAGGAGUCGAAUUAUCAGGAGGACAGCGACAGAGGAUAGCGAUUGCGAGAACUUUGGCAAGAAAACCAUCGAUUUUGAUUUUGGAUGAAGCCACGAGUGCUUUGGAUUCAGAAAGUGAAUCUCUGGUUCAGAUAGCAUUGGAGAAUGCAGCAGAAGGAAGAACUACGAUCACGAUUGCUCAUAGAUUGGGUACCAUUCGGAAUUGUAACCGAAUUUAUGUUUUUGAUGAUGGAAAGAUAGUGGAAGUUGGAAGUCAUCAAGAACUGAUGGAGAAAGAUGGACACUAUGCGAAAAUGGUUCAAUCCCAAGAAAUUGAAGUGGGAAAUAGGCAAGAAUCGACAAUGGAAGAAUACUCUUUCGAAUCUAGGAGGGAAUCUUGUGACUCGAAAUCAUCUCGUCAAAAAUUCAGCAAAAAAACGGCGAGAUCAUGUUCGCUGACAUCCGAAAAACUGCUUUCUGAUAUAUCUCCAUUACCGAUAGGAGAAGAGAAUGAACAACCGUCGACCUUUCUUGAAAUUCUCCGAUACACAAAACCAGAGUGGGGCCUUCUUGCUAUCUCCAUCCUUAUAUCAGUUCUCCGCGGAUUCAAUUACCCAAUUUACUCAAUCCUCUAUGGAAGAAUGUUCCGGAUUCUAUCAACUGGAACAGACGAGGAGAAGAGUAGUAAUUCAGGCAUGAAUGCAAUCUAUUUAACGGCUCUUGGAAUAUAUGCACUGAUUGUGACAAUGGCCGCUGGUUGUUUGAUUGGAUAUGUAGGGGAAAGACUCACAAAGAGACUUCGAAUUCUACUGUUCACUAACAUUCUCAGACAGGAUGGUGAAUACUUUGACGUUCCAGAACAUGCACCUGGACGACUGAUCACUCGUCUUUCCACAGAUGCUCCAAAUAUCCGUGCAGCUAUAGAUCAACGUCUUGCUGAUGUUAUUCAAGGAUUCUCAGCAGUUUUUUGUGGAAUAGCUAUUGCUUUCUGGUUUAGCCCGACGAUGGCUCUGAUGGGACUUGUGAAUGUAGGAGUGCUCAUUUCUCUGCAAGGCUUUAUAACACAUGUAUUGAAAAAGAGAGGAGAAAAAGAUUCGGAAAGGUCCGAAGAACCAUCAAGACUAGCCAUUGAAGCGGUUGAACAACACCGAACAGUUCAAUAUUUGACUAGAGAACAGAGCUUUGUGAAGAAAUUCGCUGAUGGAAUGCAUCCGAUUCACAUCAGAAACUUGCAACGUGGAAUAUUACAGUCAAUAUCGUACGCAUUGUCUACUAGCUACACAUCGUUCAGUUUUGCAAUCGGAUACCGUUUUGGUCUUCUUCUAGUCGACCAUGACUUAGCGAAUCCAUUCACAGUCUUUCAAGUCAUCGAAUCCUUGAAUUCGUCAUCUCCUUCUCUUCUUGCACUUGGAUCAUAUAUUCCAGAAUUUGUGCGCGCACAAAUUUCUGCUGGAUUACUGUUUCAAAUGUUAAGAUAUGAGCCAAAAAUAGAUUCAAAUACAGGAAAGAAAACUACGCUGGACAGUGACAUUUCCUUGAAAAAUGUAUACUUUGGAUAUCAAGUUUCUGGACGGAAAAUGAUUCUGAAAGAUUUCACAUUAAAGAUUGAAAGCGGAAAAACAACAGCAAUUGUGGGGGCCAGUGGCUGUGGUAAAAGUACAACCAUUCAACUUUUGGAAAGAUUCUACGAUCCAAUUGCUGGAAGAAUCGAUUUUGGAAGUACGAAUUUGAGAGAUCUGAAUCUGAAACAUUUGCGGUCUCAAGUUGCGUUGGUUGAACAAGAACCAACUCUUUUCAAUUAUUCCAUUCGGAAAAAUAUCGCUUAUGGCCUAGAAUCGAUAAAAGAGGGAGAGGUCAUCCAGGCUGCAAAAAUUGCUCAUGCCCAUGAAUUUAUCACGAGCUUGCCAGAAGGUUACGAUACAAUAGUUGGAGAAGGUGGAAGCAAACUGUCUGGAGGACAGAAACAACGGAUCGCAAUAGCCAGAGCAAUUGUAAGAAAUCCCAAGAUUCUCCUUUUGGAUGAAGCGAUGAGCGCCUUGGAUGUGGAAAGUGAGAGGCUGGUUCAAGAAGCUUUGGAAAAGGCAAAAGAAGGAAGGACUUGUGUUGUCAUCGCCCAUCGUCUCACAACUAUACGAGGUGCUCUUUUGAUUCUUAUCGUUUUCGGCUCCGCGUCAUUUUGA